AUGGUAUCUGAGAAAUCGUAUGAGAUGAGUAAAUUCGGGUUUACUCCUGUCAUGAGGAAUUCUAACGUGAGUGUACCCGAUGAAGUAUUAUACUACAACAAAGGCACGUUCUAUCAGAAAUUCUUUGAUACGUACUGUGAGUAUGCAGAUGUAUAUGAUGAGAUUAAUGGGAAUGGUGCAUAUUCUGAAGAAUCAAUUACCAAGCAUGAUUCAUACUCUGUGUACGAUCCAAUGCAGAUGUAUAGUAAGGAUCAAGUGUGUACACCUAUUUCAUCGUAUGAAACAGAGUUAAGGGAUAAGAUUAAGAAACUAGGACCUAUAAACAUAAAAUUAACAGACCAAGAAUUUGCAGGUAUGAGAAGUAUCCUUCAAUACUUCCCAUGCAUACAGCAUAAGAAAGGACUUUCACAGACUGAGAAGUCUUUAAUGAUGAAAUUAGAGGAUAAGAAGAAGAUACUGAAAGAUCCCAAGAAGGCCCCAGAGAGUACGCUUAAGAAUAUUUUAGGGAUUAAACCAGAUUCAAAGAAACAGCAGGCCACUGCUGAUAAAGAGUACAGGAAAGCACUUAGUAAGAUGGCAGAUUAUUACAGGAAGUAUUACUACAACUUUUACAUUCUUGGACAGUAUUUCUUGGAUAACAUAAAUAGUUCUGUGAGUAACUGCGUGAGUGAUUCUAUUAUUAAGAUGUACAAUAAGAUUAUUCCAGUGGAUUAUUCAGGAAUAACAGAUGAGUACUUAAAAACAAUUGUACAAGUCAGGACGGCAAUUAUCAGAAGAGAACUUCCAUUCUUAACAGAAGCACAGUCGGCUUUAGUAUUUUAUACACCGGUUGUUUAUAAUCUUGGUCUAGACAGGAGCAUACUAUCAGCUAAGAACAAAGGCACUUUGGAGAGUGAAGGAUUCUUCUUAGAGAACACUACGAAUAAGAUAAAUUAUAAUGAAGUAUUUGAAGAGAAUACGGAUUUAUUCGUAUAUCAUAAUAUGAAAGAAUUAAAUGUAGAAGAACAAGUAUUACGGUUUAAGUCUACUGUAUCAACUUGUCCUAAUCCAGUGGGAGCACCAUUCACUAUAACAAGAAGUAAUGGAAUAGAUUUAUACAUACACAAAAAUGACAGUACAGUUGUAUCAGUAUCAGUUAAUAAUAGGCCUGUAGUGGCAAAGGCAAUUCCAUACAAUAAAGCACAGAAUGUGUGCAUAGACUUAGAAUUACCACUAGACUCACUUAAAGAGUAUACUUUAAGUAACCCAAAGAGUGAAGAAAUAAUUACUAUUACAGUGAGGAUGUUCAUAGGGCAUGUUUCACUUGUUAGUACGCGUACUCAUGAGAUAAAAAUAUAA